CACACACACUCACACACACACACACACACACACACACACACACACACACACACACACACCAUUCAGAAACUCUGAACAUUUCCAGCAGCUUUGAGCAGCGUAGAUUAUUAAACAGAAGAACACCUUAAAACAGGGAAAGAUGAAGUGGUGUGUUCUGUUGUGCGCUUUCUUCAUGUGUUUUGUUGCCAAUCAUCUCAGUGGGGCUCGAGUCAUUCCUGAAGGAGUUCCCUAUGAUGAGCCCCUGGCCAGACCCUACUGGCCGUACUCAACCUCUGAUUUCUGGAACUACAUCGAGUACUUUCGCAGUAUCGGAGCCUACAACCAGAUCAAUGAGAUGGCCAGAACUUUCUUUGCCCACCAGAAUCUUGGUGACACUUUGGGAUAUGAAGUGGCUGAGCAACAUGAACGCUAAAUGGGCAAUCAGACUUCUCUCUGCAUGAGGAUUUAAGGCAUAAUGACAGAUAUGAAUAGUUUGUAGUUGAUAUUUAAUAAUAUAGUUAAUAAUAGCAAUAAUAGUUAAUUCUCAAGUUUUAACGUUAAAAAGUUAUCAACAUUAGAUAGGCUUUGAUGUGUGUUCAUUUUGAUCUAUAAAAUGUCAAAUUAUUUUGUAAUCAGUUAUACUUGUAACAAGUCCUGUAUUAAACACUAUAGUCCUCUGUUCUUCAUAUAAACAUAUACAUUAAAUACUUGUCAUAAGUAUAUUAAA